AAUAAUAUUUUAAUAAUAGUGUAAAUGUAAAAUCAUAAUAUAUUUCUGCGGUGAAAACGUUAUUAUUGUGACUAAAAACGCUUUAAAACAUCAGUAAAAAUGAGUCGCCGAAAGCGGACAAAGGUUGAAAACCGCGAAUUGGAUGAAAAGCUGAAACAAGAAGAUUCUGAAUCAGACCAGUCCGAGAGAAGCAAAGCAGUGUCGUCUAGAUCAAGCCCCACAUCAGUGGGAACUCGCCGGGAGUCGUCAUCCAGUCGCACUGAACUUAAAGAACCGAAAAAAGAGGAAAAGCCGAUUGUCGUCGUAGAAGAGACUAGAAGUGAUGAUGCAGAAGAGAUUAAUUACAAAGAAAUGCUUAACAGCUUGGAAGGUGCCGCUUUUCAGUCAAGACUCCCUUUUGAUAAGAUGUCUUCAUUGGAGGCUGAAUGUUUUUCGGACUUACAAAGCGCCCCACCAUCUACUUAUGCAUUUUUGCAAGUUAGAAACAGGGUGCUCAAGAUGUGGUUUGAAGACCCUAAGAAGCAGUUAACCCAGGAACACACUGUUCAAAAGAUGGAGCCUCCUUACAAUGGUGACCCAGCCUUGGUCAUCAGAGUCCACACAUUCUUAGAGAGGCACGGCUUCAUCAACUAUGGCAUAUAUGAGCGUCUGACUCCAAUACCAUCUCCACCUAAGGGGAAGUCUCGGCCACGGGUCAUAAUCAUUGGAGCAGGUGUAUCUGGCUUAGCUGCUGCUCGUCAGCUGCAGUCAUUUGGAUGUGAAGUGGUGGUUUUGGAAGGACGAGACAGGGUUGGCGGACGAGUUGUCACUUACAGAAAAGGACCUUAUGUUGCUGACUUAGGGGCAAUGGUAGUAACAGGCCUUGGUGGCAAUCCAGUCACAACACUAUCUGUGCAAAUGAACAUGGAAUUGCACAAGAUCAAGCAGAAAUGCCCUUUGUAUGAAGCCUCUGGGAACCAGGUCCCCAAACAUAAGGAUGAAAUGGUGGAGCGCGAGUUCAACCGUCUGCUGGACGCGACGUCGUACCUGUCGCACGCGGUGGACUUCAACUACUACAACGACACGCCCGUGUCGCUCGGCCAGGCGCUCGAGUGGGUCAUCAAGCUGCAGCAGAAGAAUGUCAAACAUAAACAGAUUCAACAACUGAAAGCUGUUAUAACAUUGCAAGAGAAGUUGAAGGCAAAUGUCACAAAGCUAUCUGACAUCCAAGAGCUUCUGCAAUCCAUGAAGCAAGAGAAGGAGGCUUUGCUCAUAGAGAAAGAGAAAGGGUCGACUGGCGAUGCGAGUGUCUUACAGGAGUUCAACUUGCGACGUCUGAACCGAGAGAUGACCAAGUUGUGUGACGAGUACCAAGCCUUGACGUCCCAGAAUGCUACUAUUGAAGACAAGUUGACUCAGAUUGAGGCUAAUCCACCAAGCUCGGUGUACCUGUCGGUGCGAGACAGACAGAUCCUGGACUGGCACUUCGCUAACUUAGAGUUCGCGAACGCGACGCCGCUCGGGACCCUCUCGCUGAAGCACUGGGACCAGGACGACGACUUCGAGUUUACCGGGAACCAUCUGACAGUGCGCAACGGCUACUCGUGCGUCCCGGUGGCGCUGUCCGAGGGGCUGGACAUCCGGCUGGGCACCGCCGUCACGGACGUCCAGUACUCCGGCCCGGGCGUCACCGUCAAGGCCGUGAAUCCGAGGACGCCCAACCAGACGCAGACGUUCAAAGGUGACGUCGUGCUCUGUACUCUGCCGCUUGGAGUUCUGAAGGUGGCGGUGGCGCCUAACGGACAGAACCAACAGAACUUCACCAAGUUCGAUCCACCAUUACCUGAUUGGAAGGUGGAUGCUAUAAAACGCCUCGGAUACGGCAACUUGAACAAAGUAGUCCUGUGCUUCGAGCGCACAUUCUGGGACCCGAGCGCCAAUCUGUUCGGCCACGUCGGGACCACGACCGCCAGCCGAGGUGAGCUGUUCCUCUUCUGGAACCUGUACAGCGCGCCGGUGCUCCUAGCCCUGGUUGCGGGCGAGGCGGCCGCCGUCAUGGAGAACGUGACCGAUGACGUCAUCGUGGGCCGCUGCAUCGCCGUGCUCAAGAGCAUCUUCGGCCACGCCGCCGUGCCGCAGCCCAAAGAGUGCGUCGUCACUAGAUGGCGCGCGGACCCAUUCGCCCGCGGCUCGUACAGCUUCGUGGCGGUGGGCUCGUCUGGCACGGACUACGACCUGCUGGCCGCGCCCGUCGCCGGAGACACGCCUGGAGACAACCGACUGUUCUUCGCCGGUGAGCACACGAUGCGUAACUACCCGGCGACAGUCCACGGCGCGUUCCUCUCCGGUCUCCGCGAGGCGGGUCGCCUGGCCGACCUGCUGCUGCCUCACCAGCCAAUCACAGCCGCGAACCUCGCGGCCGGCCACGUGGCCUCCUGAAAUUACGCCCCGGUGGUCUGGCCCGCGUCCAGGCCACCCUCUGAAGGGUCCAACGCGGUCAGCGAACUCAGCUCGCUGUCUUCUACGCCCACUCUGACGACGCAGAUGAGUGGCAGCCCUAUCGAGAUCCCGGAUACGCCGCCGCUGAAUUAGGUGGCGUUUCGGAAUAGUGUCUUCGUGAAUUUUUAGAUUAUAGGGGUAUGUUUAGUUUAGUUUAAAUCUUGAAUAGGUCGUCGAUCUUACGAUCCGGAUUCCUAGUUUCCUAGAUUUAUUAUAAGCGUUUUUUUGUGUUCAUCUACUUAUUCAUUGCGGUCGUUUUGAUCGCCAUUUUAUAAUGAUAAACUGUGGUUUAGUUCUAGUAGGUAGAGGUUAUAUCACCCUCACCUUAGUUCCUAUGUUCAAUAGGGGGCUUAUUUAGCUCUCACAAUCCUACUUCCACUCUUUGGACAAAAGGGGCAAUUGAGAUCCUUAAUACUCUGUGCAACUAGACGUUAGUUCUUUUUUAUUUUUGUUCCUUUUAUGGUAGUAUUAAGUCUUUUUUCAUUAGUUAAUGAGUACUUACAUGAAGUUAAUUGAAUUGAUGAAAUCUAAUGUGUUAUGAAAUUUGCAUGUUUUCAGUGUGUUU